AUGCUAAGAGGAAAAAAGAAGAAGCCUACUACCAUCCCUCAAUUGGCACGAAAACCUUCUUUCCCUACAAAGGAAGGGUCUUCCUUCAACAGACCGAGUAAUCCACCAAAGAAGGACACCAAGGACGUGAAGCUAGGUGACAUUGUGUGUUACAAAUGUGGAGGACGAGGUCAUUACAAGAAGGAUUGUCCUAAUACUAGGGCGUUAACCAUACAAGAGGAGGAAGAAGAAGUUGAAGAUGAUUGUGAUGAUUGCAUGGCCGAGCCAGAGGGGAAGACUAGCCUCGUGAUUAGGAGGGCCUUGCAAGCACGUGUGGAAGAGCAUGCUGCCCCCCAACGCCAACACAUUUUCAUCACCCGUUGUAGAAUUGGUGACGAGGUAUGUGAUUUGAUUAUUGAUGGAGGGAGUGAGGCUAAUACCGUGUCUAAGACCUUAGUAUCUAAACUUGGUCUAACUACUACUAAUCAUCCACAACCUUACAAGUUGAGUUGGUUAGAUUCAAAUGCUAGCACCGGGGUUAGGAAGCAAUGCAUGGUUUCUUUUUGUGUUGGUUCAUAUUGUGAUUCUAUAUUAUGUGAUGUUGUGUCUAUGGAUGCUUGUCAUAUUCUACUUGAGUUUGAGAGGGAGUUGGAAGGUGAGGGAGAGUUGUUCAUGCUGUACUCCAAGGAAACCCACGAAAAAUUUGUUGCUCAUAAUCCUAGGUUAGCCCAAUUGAUUAAGGAUUUUGAGGACGUUUUUCCGGAUGAAUUACCUAAAGGACUACCACCCAUACGAGGAAUUGAGCAUCAAAUUGAUCUCAUUCCCGGAGCACCCUUGCCAAAUAAACCAGCCUAUAGAUGUAACCCUUUAGAAACUAAGGAGUUACAACGACAAAUUGAAGAGCUAAUGGGUAUGGGUUAUGUGCGUGAGUCCAUGAGUCCAUGUGCCGUUCCUGCUUUGUUGGUCCCUAAGAAAGAUGGUACUUGGAGAAUGUGUAUUGAUAGUAGAGCCGUUAAUAACAUUACCAUCAAGUACAGGUUUCCAAUUCCAAGGCUUGAUGACAUGCUUGAUGAGCUGAGUGGUUCCAAGGUCUUCUCAAAAGUAGACUUGAGAAUGCUAAGGCCAUUUCUUGGCAAGUUUGUGGUAGUAUACUUGGAUGACAUUCUCAUUUAUUCACGUGAUGAAGAAGCUCAUUUUGAUCAUCUUUUUCAAGUAUUUUCUGUUUUAAGACAAGAAAAAUUGUAUGGGAAACUAGAAAAAUGUGAUUUUUUAUUGUAUGAAGUCAUGUUUCUUGGCUAUAUAGUUUCAGGUGAUGGCGUGAAGGUACUUGGGUUCGAUUUGAUCAAGGAGUAUUAUCAAGAAGAUGAUGAACUCAAGGGGAUAAUUGAAAAAUGUGUCCAUGGAGUCUAUGAUCUGUUUUCCUUACAUAAUGGUUUUCUUUUUAAAGGAAAUAGAUUAUGUAUUCCAAAAUGUCCCAUUAGAAGUUUGUUGAUACAUGAAGCUCAUGGGGGAGGACUAGCUGGUCACGUUGGUAUUCACAAGACAAUGGAGCUUCUCCAAGCUCACUUUUAUUGGCCGAAAAUGUUAGCCACGGUUCAUCGUGUG